GUUGUGGCUCGAUUUCGUUGUGUUGUGGCUUUAUUCCGUUGUGUUGUGGCUCGAUUCUGCUGUGUUGUGAACUUAUGUUUGCUUUUUUAAUUUCGUUGUGUUGUGCACUACUGGGCCACCGUAUAUUUCAGUGUCAAUAAAAUAGGUCUUCUGCUGUAAGCCGUGUUGUUCAUUUGACUGAUCAAACUGGACGUGUGUAAUGCUGAGUGCUGUAGAAAGAGGUGUGUUUAUCUUCAUUGUCUCUCUGCAUUCAUCCGCUCUGAGUGAGAGUUUCUCACAGCUGUGGGUUAGUCGGCCUCAACUCUGCUCUGCUUUAUAUUAAGAUCAUGAACAGAGUCACACACUGUGGAAAACAUCAACGCAUCAGCUUAUUCAUAGUAAGAUAUUUUACUGCAUAUUAACUAAACAAUUACAGAAUGAGGACGGUGCAGCUUUUACUCUUCGUUCUGCUGGUGUGUCAAACUACAGAGAGUUUAACAGAUAAACAGGUGAAUUUAGGGCAAAAUGUGACUUUAGACUGUCAGAUUGAUGUAAGUGAUGUUUAUUGGGUUUUCCAGAAACUGACGGAUUCUCCAGUGCUGAUUCUGCGAACUUUCUCAUCAGGAUUUACAUCAUCUCUUAUACUAGAUGAAAGAUUCAAAGACAAAUAUUCAUCACUAACUUUGAGCCGUUUAUUUAUUAGUAACGUCACUAUUGAUGAAUUAGGAAUAUAUUAUUGUGUAAAAAAAACUGACUCAGGCCUACGGCUCAGCAAUGGCACCAGACUUUACAUUACUGAAUCUGCCCAAGAUCACAAUCAAACAGAAAAUCAGCAACAAACACAAUCUGAGAUUCACAAUAAUUUGACUGUAACAUCCUUCCUAUUGAACAUUGUGCUGAUUAUUGCAAUAAUAGUUUUGUUAAUAUUCAAGCUUAUGAAGCCCACAAAAAGUCGACAACAUCGUCAGAAUGUGGAGCCAGAGCAGCUUGAAGACUUUAACGCCGCACAGUUUUCUGAAGUGGAGUUUCGUCUGUCCCAUCCGACCAACAACACUUUUGGAAUAAAACCUGAUCAAGAGCAAAUCAUCUCAUACAGGCCAAUAAAAUAUAUAUUCUGCUAAAUAAUGAGUCAAUUGUAGCUUGUUUUAGUUUGACUGAUGUUAUAGAUUGUUUGCUUUAACAUGAAUGUAUGCAAAAUUGGCAACAGACCUAUCUUUUCAGCAUUGCUUCUCUUUGGUCUUGUCUUGAUAAUAAAUGAAUAAAAAUGUACAUUUCUGUAGCUAA